AUGACGGCUCUGGGCGAAGUCGCCGUCCAGCUGGCCGGCACGGCCAAAAUGACAUCCCGCAGCCUGGGGGGUGGAGGACAAGAGAAAAAGAUGGAGGAGGGGGGCGAAAAGGAGGAGGGAGGAGGACAAGAGAAAAAGAGGGGGAGGGGGGGCCACUGCGCGCUCGCACCGAGCGACUCCAUGAGGGCCCUGAGCGGACUCGCCGUCCAUCCGGCCGGCACUGCCAUAGCGACAUCGCGCUGCCCUGGGGGGGAGGAGGAAAAGGAGGGAGGAAGAGGAGGAGGACCAAACAGAAGAAGCGGACAAACAAGCGGCAUGCAGGAACGCUGUCCUCGGAGCAUGGCCGAAAUACCCUGCAUCGCAAGCCUCUCAGAAUCACAUGUGGAGGUAGACUGGGAAGGAGUGCUGGCGGACGUAGCUCUCGAUCUCCUACUCGAUUAG